CAGGCAUGCGGUGACUGCCAUGAAUGGAUGAAGAUAAUUUCAAAGGCACUUUGUCGUGUUAUAAUUAUGAGGGAUAGAGUUCGAUUUCACCGCUUUGAAAGCGGGUGCUGCUCCUGUAAAGAUUACUGGAGUAAUAGAGGUGGCGUUGAAUAUUCUGUUAUCUAAACUUUGUACCAAAUAAAUAGGUCCAACAAAACCUUUGAUGCCCUUUUCUACUCCAUUUUACAAUGUCCUUAUAUUCUAUUUGCUGUGGUAACUUCCACCUACUAAGGAACUCAAUAGGACACAUUUGUAGUAUCAGAUUUCUCAAGUAUCACAGCAGAAUAAGCUCUGAAAAUGUACUUCAGAACAGAAGACAUAAAACUAGACCUUUUAGUGCAACAGUACUAGUGAGAAAUGCAAGAAAAGGAAGUAAGCAAUCCUUCAGCAAUGACCGCCAUCUACAUGGUGGAUCAGUUGAAUCAUCGAUUGAAGUGUUCAAGCAGUCUGAUCUGCAGCACCUGAAAUCACUCCAGUGCUACGAUAUUCAGGAAAAGGUUUCUGGAGGCAAGACCGACUGCCCUGCAACUAUCCUUGUCUUUGAUAUUGAAACUACUGGCUUCUCACGCCGUGGUGAUAGAAUUAUUGAGUUUGCUGUACGUGAUCUUAUGGGUGGAAAGAAUAGCACUUUUCAGACACUUAUAAAUCCUGAGAGAGAGGUAAAAAAUGCAGCUGUUCAUGGUAUCAGCACCAAGAUGGUUUGCAGUUCUGAUAUCCCAAGAUUUGGGGAGUUUAUCCCCAUUCUACUACAAUACGUUUGGAGUCGUCAAGUUGCUGGUAAACCAGUUAUGUGGGUUGCUCAUAACGGGAAAACCUUUGAUGUGCCCUUUCUCAUCUUUGAGUUCCAACGUUGCAAACAAGAGAUGCCUGCUGACUGGCUGUUUGUGGACACACUUCCUAUUGCAAGACAGUUAGUUGAUUCCGAUGGGGAAAAAAUCAGCUCCGCGUCGAUGAAGACACUGGUAGAGCGUUACAAGAUCCCAGUCGAUGGCAAAGCGCACCGUGCAAUGCAUGAUGUGACUGCCCUGUGUUAUGUACUCCAGAAGUUGACGUUCGAGUUGAAACUAACCGUUCCGCAGCUCCUCGAGAAGUCGUUCCGGGUCUCUGAUAUCACGACGACACCCCCUAAAAAAUGACUGCUAACACCCUCACCUGAAGAAUAUCUAGAAACUCUGGAUUAUUUCAUUGGCAUUGUAUUACACAGCCUGUUAUUUGCAGACCCUAGCUCUGAUUUCUUGCUGUUUCAACAACAGAACAACAAUACCUUCCUUAUUGUUACAUUGAUAUUUUGGUCAGUAGUUCAGUGCUCAAUAUUACUGAUACUUGCUGGCCCUGUACACCAUCUGAACCAUUAUAUGCGCGAUGCUAAAUUCAGAGCUGCGGCAUA